AUGUUUCAUCAACAAUUUUAUCCUCAAUCACAGCAACAAACAUCAUUUCAUAAUAGUCAUGGAACAAAUCAUUUUUUUAUGCCAAAUAAUUCAUCUUAUUAUCGUUCAGGUCCUAUACCAAAUCAAAGUAGUCAUCAUGUAAAUUUUAGUCGUAUUUUUGAAUAUUUUCCUAUGCCAUCUCGUGGUUUUACAUCAAUGGCAACAGGUCCAUAUUUUAUUAAUGAUUUAACAAAUCAACAACAAUGGAAUUCAAAUAUGACAAGAAAUCAACAACAAAAUCAUCGUAUACCAGCAUAUUAUUUUCAAGAUAAAUCAACAUAUUAUUAUAUGUCUGAACCAAUGAUUACUAAUAAUAAUCGUAUUACUAUUCAAUUAACUAAAGUUCAUAUUGGAAUAAAUGGCGAUCAACAACGUGUAUUUGUUGAACAAGAAUUUAGUAAUCAAAAUGAAUUAAGAAAAUUUGUUAAAAAUUUAAAACAAAAUUUUGAAAAAACAUUUAAUAAUCGUACAUCAGAUGUUCAUAAUAGCAAUGAAACUGUCAAUGAAAAUCAACAUACGAACAAUAAAAAACCUGGUGUUGUUGUUAUUGAAGAACCAGAUGAAGAACCAAAAGUUUAUGAACAAAAAGUUUAUAAUGAAAAUAUUAAUUUAAAACAAAAAAGCAAAGAAGUAAAUUAUCCAUUAGUUAAUACAUCACAAUUGAAUGAUCAUGAACAAAAUCAACGAUCAACACCUAUAUCAUCAUGUUCAACUGUUUGUUUAAAUCGACGUCGAAAAAAUAAAAUGAAAUAUUAUCAACAAAAUUUAGAUAAUGAUAUUAAUAAAAAUGAUAAAAAACAAAAUCAAAAAUCAUCUAAUUAUUAUCAUCAUUAUGAUUUACCACCAAGAUUUCAUCAACAGUUUUUUAAUAAAGAAAAUAUUUUUCGAAUGACUAAUGAUUUUGAUAUGCCACAAAAUUUUAAUAUUCAUUGGAGAUUCAAUAGAUUUCAACAUUCAUCACAUAAUCAACCAUAUUCAUAUGUUCUACCUAUGAAUGAAAAUCUUCCUCCACCAACUCCAUCAGUUUUUCAUCAUAAAAAAGAUCAAUAUUAUCAUCCAUCAACACCACCUCCUUUUGUUCAACCAAAUGAUCAAUAUCGAUCUCAACCAUCUUCUCGACGUCGUCGUGGAAAAAAACAUCGUCGAAAUCAACCAAAAACAAUAACUGAAAAUAUUGUUUUUACAAAUAAUAUACAAGAACAAACACGUGUUCAUCGUUCACGAUCUGAUUGUCGACCAAAAAUUUCAUUUCAAAAUCAAAUUCGAACACAUCAAUAUCUUGAUUAUAGACUAAAUCCAAAUCAACGACAAUUUAUACCAUUUAUGCCACCUCGAGCACCUAUAUAUUAUCCUCAAAGACGAUUAUUUAGAAAUACACAAGUACAUUAUCGUUUUGUUAAUUCAUAUCGUCCGAAUACGAUUUGUUUUCAAUGUUAA